GGUCGUCGUGUUAUCUCGCAGCGCGGGAACGUUCCACUGCGUGACUGACCGUGAGGAGGAUACGUUUUUGAGGGAACAAAGUAACAGACAGAAAUGGACCCUCUGGAGGUCGAGUUCCUCGCCGAGAAGGAGACGGUGAAGAUUAUACCGAACUUCAGUCUGGACAAAAUUUAUUUGAUCGGGGGCGACCUGGGCCCCUUCAACCCUGGCCUGCCAGUGGACGUUCCCGUGUGGCUCGCUCUGAACUUGAAACAGAGACAGAAGUGCAGAAUUGUUCCUCCUGAAUGGAUGGAUGUUGACAAACUGGAGGAGACGCGAGAUCUGGAAAGGAAAGAAGACACUUUUACACCUGCUCCGAGUCCUUACUACAUGGAGCUGACCAAACUGCUACUGAACCACGCGUCUGACAAUAUUCCUAAAGCAGACGAGAUCCGAACGCUGGUCAAAGACAUCUGGGACACGCGCAUCGCUAAACUCCGCCUGUCUGCUGACAGCUUCAUCAGUCAGCAGGAGGCUCACGCUCAGUUGGACAACCUGACUCUGAUGGAGAUCAACACCAUCCGGACGUUUCUUCUCGACUCUCUCAACUGCAUGUACAAACUGCGCUCCAACCUGCAGCCCGCCUCCAGUAAAGGACAGUACGCAGACUUUUGAUCCACUCGGUCAAAGUCUGCAGAAGUUUGCGGAUCUUCCGAGAACUUGGGACAAACAUCUUGGACUUGUGCACUUAUUGGUAAAAAAACCCAAAAAAAAACAGGAGUGAUGUAUCCAGCCUUUUUAAAGGGGUUGUACUUCUCUGCUGGGGAAGGUGCUUAACUGUACAUAUUUAUAAGCUUUAAAUGCGUCUCUUGUUUGCAGUGUGCAUAUUUAAUGUGAUUUCAUUUAGGAUGUUCGAGCUACUGUGCUUUUGUAUGUUUCAAAUAUAACAAAAUAAAUGUUUCCUUGUUGGUAGAGAA